ACUACAACAUCUUUGAUGUUGCAGUCGCGGCACUUGAGAGUGUUGGGGUUUGGUCUAGGGCAAGGGUUGGUGGUGCUUGACAAUCACAUACUGCAACUUUUCCAGAUCGAACCGCUUCCCUUCUUGUUUUUACUAGGUGAUUCAUGGCUGCCUAGCCAAAUUACCAGAAUAUCCCCUCACACUGAUUUCGUCAUAAUCGGCGGCUCAGAUCUUGGUUAUGAACGUGCUUUACCAUUCUGGAAAGUAGAGAUUAAGACCUUUCCAACGCGUAUAAGCUCAUUUCUAGAAGUUACCUGAGCUGCACGCAAUAUUUGUUGAGAUCGUCAAACUUAAUCUUUAAUUAGUUCUCUCCAGAUUUGCACGAUUUCCAUCAGUGGUAUCAGAGCCACGGUUAGAGGACGUUCUUUCCUCCAUUGGAAGAGAUCUAGAGAGGCUUGAAGUGCUCCAAAUCUAGUGUUUGACAUGGCCCAAAAGUUGGAUGGCCCUCCUAGGUUUACCGGCUCGGACUUUUCGUUAUGGAGGUUCCAGUUCACACUAUGGCUAGGUAUUAAGGACCUAGAAAGUGUGUUGGAUGCAUCGGAGAAGCGACCACGAGCUGACUCUGUGGAGGCGUCUACUGGAGCAACCAGCCAAGUGGGAUCCGGGGCUGGGGGAGCGUCGUUGAGUGGGGGGAAUGAAGGAGGAACCGCUGCAACUCGAACCGGAAGGUCGCAACCAAGUCGCGAGGAGUUGCUCAAAGCUCAAGAAGCAUGGGAUCGGAAGGAUCGCCAAUCAUUUCAGUACCUGUGUUGGGCUUUGGAGGGGCAACUUGAGCUUUUUAAGAUGCUGAUUGACCUGAAGGGGAAGGAAGGUGCAGCAGCUGCAGCUUGGAAAAGAGUGCAAGAUAGGCACUUGCAGAAAGGGCUUCUAAGCGUGCUUACUUGGCGGAAGCGGUUUUACACCAUGGAGCGGAACUAUGGAGAGGGGGAGACCAUGGUUCAGUAUCUCCAGAGGGUGGAUGAGAAUGUGAGGGCUUUGGAGGAGCUAGAUUACACGGUAGAUGAGAAGGAGAUCAUCUAUACUGCACUCCAAGGGUUGGAUCAAGCGGCUAAUGAGGCAUUACUACAGUACCUUCACCUCGAGCAACAGAAAUGGACCAAGGUGUGGAUUUGGGAGGUUUUAAUUUCUGAUGAGGCUCGCAAGGUUGAUGCUGGAAGAGGCCUAGAAGGAGGCAUGGGGGCAGCAGAUAAAGCUUCCUUCAGGAAAGGCUAUCAAUAGCAAGGAGGUGGGGGGAAGAAGAUAGAGUUGGACAAAUGCCUUGUGCCCGGAUGCAACAAAAAACACUCUUGGAAGAGUUGCUGGAGUAGGCCUGAGGGAUGGAAGCCUCACGGCUACUCUGGAGAGGCCCCACCAGUGACCAAACCUGAUUGGGUGGAGAAAAGGAUGAAGAAGGGGCUCUGGAAUAAGAAGGGCAGCAAGGGAGCAACGGCCGCAGCUGCUAAGGAUGAGAAGGGGAAGGGCCAAGACGACUCCUCCGAUGAUGGUUUCUCGUUUCUCAUGCUAGGGCAGGAUGCAUCUCUCGCUGGUCGUGCAUUGGCUGAUCCCAACUUCCUGGUUCUAGACUCUGGAGCAACAUCUGGGAUGCUUCCUCGCCGUGAUCUUUUCACCUCCUACCAUCCUCUCCCACCAAACUCUAGGAGAGUGAUUGUUGGGAGCGGAGAUUUGCUGCAGGCAAUUGGCAUCGGCACGAUCACCAUUAAGGGGAAGGAGGGGGAGCUAGUGGGUGUGAAGGGGGUCCUUCACGUC